GCUCGAGGCGUAACAAACCAACGUUCGGAGGGGGUCGCCCCGCGCGCCAAGCCAAGCCAACCCGUCCCGUCCCGUGUGCCGGCCGGAGCACGUUGCGUGCGAGUCGACGUAACUCUUUCCACGCCUUGCGCCUCGCGAGUCAAAUUUUGGGAUCCCGGCGCCCCCAAGUUCUGGGAGCGGUCGAAACCGCCGCCGGAUUGUGGCCGUGGACUCGUCGUGGUGUGGUGCAGUCGAACUUCGCCUGGAAGACUUCCUCCGCGUGGCCGGGGACAGUGCGCGCGCGAGACCGAAGGGACGAGGUGCCGUGCGGCCGGCGUCCUUCCUGGACCUACUCCUCCGUCAUCCCUCGUGGUGCGCGCUCGACAAGCUUGUUCGCUCGCUCCCGGCGUCCGUGUUUUGUUGUGCUGGUGUCGGUAGUUUUGCGCUUCUUCGAAGAAGGAGCGGACGCCGAGUGUCCUCGCACCGUUGUCAAGGAUUUGAACUGCGACGGAACAAGAACCCUGGUACAAACGCGCCAGUGAACACGUGACACUCGAGGCGACGUUCAUCCGAAAGCUCCCAGAAAAGCGAAUCUUUCUUGGAACUGCCAGUUUACGGUAGGCAAUUGUUCGAGCGCUUUGAAGAAGAGGAAGGAAGUGGCAGAUUGCAUUUCGGAAGAGUAGAAACUUGCCGAGAGAAGGGGGGCGUUCCGGCCGAACCGAGGUGUUGCUACUGUGUGGCAGAACUCCGAAGUACAAACUCCGCGUGAAGUUCCUUUCGAGGAACGGAGGGAAGGGAGGACUGGGCCUGUGCGGCUUUCUUUCUCAACAUUACACAACCCCGUUCACACCUCCGUUGCUGUUACCGGGUGUCACUCGUACGUCGUAGGGUUUCGAGCGAGGGCCUCAAGCCCGUGCACUGUGCCCGUGCAUUGACGAUGCCGGAAGUCCUGAAGCCCUCGGCGUGAGCAUGAACCGCCGUCGGCUAGACACGGCUACAACCUUCAAGAAGGUCAAAAAGAAGGACGUGCCUUUUGGCCCCCCUCUCUAAGUAUCCACACGGAAAAAGAAAGAAAAAGAAGAAAGUUUAUCAGCCUCGCAAGCGAAACGGUCAUGGAUGCUCCGGAGACGGUUCGUUCUUGAAAGUGCGCGAAGGAAUGGAGAAGUGAAAGUGUUUGACCUCGAUCAUCGGUGAAUUGUGGUUCGCAUUUUUUGGAUAUACUGUCGAAACAGUUGAACGACCGCUACCGGAACGGGCGGAAGCAGGAACGUCGCACUGUGCACGCAAGCGGCGUGACCCAGGGCAUACAGGAAAGCCGAGUAUCAAACCUGUCAGUGGCCCGGGAAGCCCAGGACCAGAGACGACACACAGCAAUGGAGGCGGCAGCAACGUCAAUCUGACAAGAAAGCCGAGCCUCUCAAGAGCAGAUCUCUCACUGACUGCAGCCAGUGUUUCGUAUGAUGGAAGAUGGAUCGCUGGACCUCAGCAGCCUGCGCGAGUCGGACUUCGAGCAGCUGGCCGUGUACCAGGUGCGGGACCAGGCCUGCGAGGAAGGCCUGUCCAACAGGGCGGAGGCCUCCCUGCCUCGCAACCUGCUGCUCAAGCCCUCCCAGACGCUCAGUGACGUCCUGGGCGUCUGGAGCACGGACUACAUCCCGCGAGGCACACGGUUCGGUCCCUUGAUGGGCGAUGUGUACCGCAAGGAUGAGGUUCCCGCCAACGCGAACCGCAAGUACUUCUGGCGAGUGUACGACGGGCCCGAUUCGUUCCACUACGUGGACGGCUUCGACGUCAGCAAGGCGAACUGGAUGCGUUACGUGAACCCGGCCUACUCGAGCGAGAACCAGAAUCUGGUCGCCUGUCAGGUCAAGCAGGACAUCUACUUCUACACCGUCAAGCCCAUCUACCCGAACCAGGAGCUCCUGGUCUGGUACUGCCGGGAGUUUGCGGAACGACUCAGCUACCCCGUCACCGGAGAGCUUAUGCUCCAGAGGAUACGGGAGCAACUGCAGCCAGCGGUCAAGGACGACGCCUACUUCUCCCGGCCGCACCAGCUGACGCCGCCCGAGGGCAGCACUCGCAGCGACGAGGGCUACCACAGCAAUGGCGGUCCUGAGGACGGCCUCACGCCUCCCGAGGACAGCAGUGACAGCGACAGCGACAACUAUGUGCUCGACUUCAGCGUCAAGGCUAAGCGCAAGCAGCCGCCCGCGGGCGGCAGCGACAAGGCGGAGAAGCGAGACGACAAGUGCGAGUCGGUCGCCGUCGUCGCUGCCGAGCAGCAGCAGCAGCCCGACAAGUCGUCGCAGAACGAGUUCCGGAAGGUCAAGAUCAAGAUGCCCAAGGCGUACCACUACCGCAGCGGCGGGGCCAGCACGCCCCCGCCCGCGGUGGUCACCACCAGCGACGAGAACCCGAGGCCCAACAGCUCGAGCUCGCCGGACGCCGCCUCAAGGCGGCACGACGACGAGAAGCGACUGGGCGCGCUGCACGAGCCAGCCAGUCCCAAGUACGCCAGCGCGCCCCGGUUCACUGAGGACGUGCUGGAGCGUAGCGCGAGCUCGGCCUUCUCCACCUACGAGGGCAUGGGCCAGAGGAUCUCGCCGCAGAGCCCCAAGGGUCCUCCGGCUCCUGGCAUUCUCGAGAACUUGCUUCUGCAGCGGUACCAGGAGCGCGCCGCCGCGGGCCCGGAGGCGCCCGCGUUGCGGCGCGAGUCGCUCAAGGAGCCCGUGCGGGUCAUCGUGUCCAGCGAAGUGUCGCCGCCGGCCGCUCCGGACACCUCGGGCGAGGGAGGCCACCAGCCGGGGCCGCCGCCGCCACUCGUGUUUCCGCACAAGAAGAGCAUCCGCUACCACCCGGGCAGCAGCAGCAACGGAGGCAGCCCCGAGAUGCACAGUCCCGACUCCACGGACAAAGCGCACCAGCAGCCCGCCGUGUCGUCUGCCGUGAGCCCCGGUUACGGCGUGCCGGGCUCGGCGCCGGCGAACUACCUCUACAUGAACGGCAUCGCCCCCAUGUUCUCGCCGGCGCACUUCAACAUGUACGCGUACUCGGUUCCCGAGACUGUGCACUCGUCGCUCGCGUCCCCGUCGGCGGCCAUGCCACCCUACCCGAAGUUGCCCGAGUUUGGCGGGCACCACGGCCCUCACCACGCGAUGCUGCCCAUGUCAGCGGAGAGCGGCAAACUCCCGCCGUCCGGCGGCAGCUCGCCCGGCAGCAACAGGCCCUACUCACCGGGCUCCAACCCUCGGGGUUACCGGUCGUUGCCGUACCCGCUCAAGAAGAAGGACGGCAAGAUGCACUACGAGUGCAACAUCUGCUACAAGACCUUCGGCCAACUGUCCAACCUCAAGGUGCACCUGCGCACGCACUCCGGAGAGCGACCGUUCACGUGCUCCGUGUGCGGCAAGACGUUCACGCAACUGGCCCACCUACAGAAGCACCACCUGGUGCACACGGGCGAGAAACCGCACCAGUGCGACGUCUGCAAGAAGCGCUUCAGCAGCACCAGCAACCUCAAGACGCACCUGCGGCUCCACUCGGGCCAGAAACCGUACGCCUGCGACCUCUGCCCGGCCAAGUUCACCCAGUUCGUGCACCUCAAGUUGCACAAAAGGUUGCACACCAACGAGAGGCCGUACACUUGCCAGACAUGCAAGAAGAAGUACAUCAGCGCCUCGGGUCUGCGGACGCACUGGAAGACCACGUCGUGCCAGCCCAACAUGGUCCUGGACAUGGAGCUCGACAAGGGUCCCAACGGCUACGACUAUGGUCCCAUGGAACUGUCCCCUCCUCCGUCCCAGACGAUGGAGAGGCACCCCGCGGGCCUGGCUCACCACGGGCUCGGUCCGGCCAGCCCUGGUGACGAGUACCCCCCCGCGUUACACCACGCGCCGCCACCACCUUCGAGCAAGGAGAGCGACUACCCGUCAUCCUUCCACCGCUCCGACCGCGCCAAGACGUCGGUCAUCACCAGCGGCCCGGCGUCGCCCGACGACGACCUCUCCAAGAAGUGCCACCCGACGCCCGACAGAGACAAAGAGUGACUGUGCGCGCGUGCGUGCGCUUCUGCGCGCAGAAUCGUUCGUGCGCGAACUCUGUACAAAGCAAAACUCAAGUCAUGGGCCCGGGUGGCCGCUCUCACAAAAUCGCGCAGCGCGACGUCGGGCGCGCGCGUGCUCGGUGUCUCUCUCUCUCCCUCUCACCGGUCUUUAACCGAGACCGUAUUUAUUGUUUCGCGCGGCCGAGACGCGGGGGGCUGCGGGCCGGCCGGCCCCUCUUUCCAUACACAUUCCAGGAGCGGCGGUGCGUCUUGUUUCCGUGGAGGAAGGGCAAGAACUUAGGAGGGAGCAUGACUUCAGGCAGCUAAACUCGGCAUAGCCAACAUCCCUUAUACUCCUGUGACACAGUCACUCUUUCCCUUCUUUUACUCGCUUCGGGGGUCAGAUCGACGCGUUAACAGUUGGGAAUUGGGCCUCACGCGCGCGAUUGCCGAACCGUUCGUGGCCGUUAAUGGAGGGAAAUCUGACGCUAUCGCUCAGAAGUCGCGGGAAUUAUGAGCGUUAUUCUUCUGUGAUUUGGCACUGGACUCCUUGAGAAAGCACGCGGCAUUUCGUUCUUUGUUGCGGAGCAGCCGUGAGUGCAAUGAAUCAGUGCGUUUAUCUAGAACACUUCAGCAUUUUAUGUAUGAAGAAAAGAAAAAUAUCGCGUUUUUGCCAGAUGCGAAUGGUAUCAGAGAAUAAACAAGACUAAUGAAUGCCAGACAAGCGUAAAUUGCAAUGAAAAGUGACCUCCGAGAUGGUUCGCAUCAGAAGUUUUGUAUUUCCCAUCAUCCCAUGCUGACUGAACAGUCACACUGACGUUGCACGCAGACAAUAACCUCAGAUUUUCCUCCAUAGUAUUAUUACGAAACUAUGGUUCAAGGCAUCGCUUACUUCGCGGCAACUCUCAGUGGCACCCCGCCGCAGAUCGGCUUUGGGCGCGGUUAGAGUAUCCUCCGUGGAUGGAAUUUUCUCCACAGUAGCCACCCUAUCCGCACCCUUUACAACCUCGGCGAGGCGGCUAGAAGCUACUACCACUGGCCUAUCACGCGGAAAGGGCCCCUUUUUCCAGUGAUCGUUCCUUCGCUGAUUUUCAUCUCUAGGCUUCAAAAUUCUCAUGUGAUGCUCCCUCCUAGCCUUUACGAUUGUUGUAUACAUAUAUUUCUUUCCUUCCUCCAUGCUCGUCCCGUCUUUUGACGGCCCCCAAUCCUCUCACAAACUUCGUGCAAACAUGGACAUCAUCCACGGAUCGUGUACCACUGGCUUAUACCAGUUCGCUUCUCUCGCUAGGCAUCGUGCUCAACUCGAUCGUGCAUCGUGCUUGCAUAGUGCUACUUGGUUCCAAUCAAAAAAGCGCCACUGGAGGCGGUUCUGGAAGAGCCAGUAAUCGAAGUAUAGCGAGGUUACGAAGCGCUCGAUAACGCAGACCUUAGGAAGUGAUCGUGUGGGUGGUGUCGUAACAUACACUUCCUCGGGAUCCGUCACUCCCGUCGUUUUCCCACCCCCGCUUUUUUUUAAAUGUCAAUUUCCCCCAUGCACACGCAGUCUGGGAAAUCGCUGGCUGCCGGUCAGUUGGCGCAUGCGCAUCAUUCCGCUCUUGCCCAUUUUUUUUUUUUAAGUGUUCCCACCGAAAGAAGCGAUGCUGUUAUCUGCGGUAUCUGUGAGGUAGUCCUUUGUCUGUCCGCACAAAUCGUGAGCCAUUAUCAAGAUGCGGUCGCACUGCAAGCGGAGAAAAGCCACGUGCGGCGAGCCGCUCGCGUCCGCAGACGCGCCAGUGUUGUCAUGGCAACCGCCUGAACGGCACACCUCUCUCCCCUGCCGUGGCUAUCACGUGGUAGCAUGAACGAGCCGGCGGGGUUUAUCCCCGCGCAUCUGGGCUCAGGUUGGAGCGCUGCUGGUCACCGCGGCUGGUACCAGCGAUGAUUCCUGGCGUAGUAGCGAGAGGGCGCGCGUUUUUUGCCGCUCGUGGUUUUGCCGCCUAAGUGGGGCCGCACCUUUGCACUUUUCAUUACGGCAACGUGACUUCGAAUUGGAUAGAUUAGCCAAAAUCGAAACAGUUUCGAGCUGUCGCUGACGGGGAUAAAAAGCAAGGAAGCUGACCAUAAAGCGUGAGUCCCAUAGUUUUUGAUAGUAACGUGCAGACACAUCAUAAAGAUAACCCACCGCGAUAGGUUAGUGUCUAUGGAGUUGUGCCGGUUUGAUUAUCGGCCACGGCGGCCGCAUUAUGAUGGAGGUGAAAUGCAAAACACUCGUGUUCUUAGAUUUAGGUGCACUUGAACGGAUGUCUUCAUUUUGGGUCCGCUACGGAGUGAUACAAUCUCUCUUUCACUCUCUAUCCUAUUGAUACUAGGACAAAAAUCAAGAAAACGCCUACAUUAUGAUUGAUUACUUGUAUGAUGGCAUGUUUCAAGAUUUAUUCAUGAAGCCAUUCGAGAAGGGCAUUUCUCCUCUAAGCACCGAACCUAGUACGCAUAUGAGGACACCCGAAUAGAGUAGGGCAAGAAUACGACGCGAAGCUUUCUUGCUUAUUCUCACCUGCUCAGUGAUUGGUCGAUCCAGUUUCAGUGAGCCUGUGGUUACGGCAGUCUGUUGUUUUGUGCAAACCUGUAAGCGGCCAUAUUCUGCGCACGAGCAUUCAUUCUCGCCACGGUCGCGAAUCCUCCGUUCCCACCCUGAAACACUGUCAUCUUAAGCGAACGAAAGCGUUACGCGCAAGGGAAACUUGUCGUCUAGCAUUGGUGUAGAAGGAAGCUACAAAUAAUGCUUACGCUUUCUUGUUUCGAACAACUUACGCGGGUUUUCUUUGUAGCUUCGUGCCACAGCGUGGUUGACGACGUCUUUCCCUUCUGCGAUGCCUUACCCCACCUCGCGGGGCACCGCCGAGUUCAUUCGUCAAUAAAUGUUCCAUCAACUCGAACUGUCCAUUAAAUCGCAUUCGCGCUGCCACGCCAUAGCUGUCGAGGCAGAGCGUCUGGCUCUGAAAAGGUGGUGAUGAUGCUGGGUUCGAUCCCCUGGCCAGGACGAAUUUUUUUCGUGAAUUGCGAAUCUUUCUUUCUGACGAACCUGUGCUGCUUUCCUUCGUAGAUUUACGCUACAGCCUUCCACGUUUCUACUUACCUUGCAGGGUUCCGAAGACAUUGUUUCGUAAAUAACGAAAACCGAAAAAAAUAAAAGAAACACAGCAAGCGCUGGGGCCGGGUACUUCAUGUGUAUCGAACGGGUGGGCCUUAUAAUUAUUUUUUUUUCUUGAGCGUUUUAAAGUUUAAGUUCACGCAAUGAUUACAUUUCCUCUUUCGCAAUUUCGACUGCGCGUUGUCGCAUUUCACAGCAUGGGGAAAGAGGAAAGGAACGUCCCCACCCGUGGUAUUUAUUGUCACAAAACACGGUUGUACAUAAGUUGUAGUUGAGAAGAAGAAGAAGAAGAAAAAAAAAAGCACGCGCGGGAGUCGUGUGCGACGGGCAUGUGUAAAUCUCGUUCGUUCAAACGGUGCGGACAGACACAGAGACGUGAUUUGGGUUUCCCCCGACAAAGGGCGUCGAACACGUACACACAAACAUUUGCACGGCAUUUCCCAACGUCUACAACAAAACAAACAGAACCACACCGAUUCCCAGUGUUCUUGCGCCGUCGUACUACGUGUGAUCUUAGUCCUUGUCUCGUGGGCCAGCUCUGGCCGAUAUUAUAGUAGUAGUAAUCGUCGUACCGUAGAGAUAUGAUGGGUUAUUUAUCGUCCUCGACAAAACACACUGGUGGAUCAAGUAUAUUACGCUAGCUAUAUGUCAAAACCUCUCCCCCCGCCCCUUUAUUCCCCUGCCCCCGUCCUUUUUCCAUCGUCAGAUAUAUAAUAUAAAAUAUUUUUUUCCCCUCUUACGCCGCGCGUAACCGUGUUCGACGCACGUUCCCUUCACGCCACCGCUCUUGGUCGAAAUUCUCUCUCUCUCUCUCUCUCUCUCUCUCUCUCUCUACUUUCUAGACGGCAUACAUCAGAAUCGUCAGGCAAGUCCAAAGAAAACGCAAUGAAACAUUCCCAACCGGCAGCAACAUGUACAUCGCAACCGAACACCAGCUUGUAGUUCACCGUUUCUCAAAAGGAAAAAACUGAAGCUUGAAUUGUGCUUUUCUGGUGCCAUCCUCUCUUCUCGACAACGCUGUGUUUGCUCAAAACGUUACUUAACUUUAUGUACAUUUGACUGAAAAUAGAGCUGUGGUUGCGUGAAGACAAAGUAGGCAUUGCAUCCAAUGGAUAUUUUAUGGAUUGGUUGCACGUUUCGCCUUCAAUCUCUUCGCUGCUGGUACAGUGAUGAUCCGGUUCGAUGUGACCAAGGCCGAAAAAUGUAACGGUUUUAAUGUAAGCCCGCCAGGUUUGUGUAGAUUUCCAUAUUCGAUGCCUUAAUGAACAACGAACAGCAGUAGGCCAUUCAAUUCGAAAAGAUGGUUCGUGAUUUGACAGACGGCACUCUGCAUGUCCGGUUGAAGCAAAAGUUUGCCAAAGCAUUGAUGCGGCUUUCAUUUGACCGACACUCUAUGAGAAAAAAAUGUGAGAGAGUCAGAAUACUUGAAGAACGUAAGAUUCGCGCCAUUUGGGAUAUCUCGCCUGUGAAGCUGCAGGUGUAUAUUUCAAUAACACUUGAUCACAUAAAAGAGAAAAACGAAAAUAGAAAGAAAUAUAGAAAGUAAGCUUGAAGAUUGCAAAAAAUUUUACUUAUCCGCGUUGUCGUUGUUAGCACUACAGAGAAAUAACUGACGUGUCGUUCGACUGUCUCUGCCAGAGUCCAUGCCUGACUUAUCUUUCCAUCUUUCCCAAGUUAGAGACUUGCUAUAGGUUCAGUUCUUGCCAACAUCCCCUACACAUGUGUUCGACGUAAGCACCUCGCAAUUUGCAAUGACGUUACUAUAACUGGUAAAUGGAAAGCGAAGAUGAUGCAAUUGCAAAGGUCAAGCUUACAGAUCUCGUAUGUACAUUCCUCGCCUAAGAUAUUUUUUUUAUCUUGGAAAGUGCAAUUGACAAUUCGUGUGCAGUUAUUAUUUUCUUUUUUUCUUUCUUUCUGCAUUGUAUGCAUUCUGGUUAGCGUCUUGUCGUCUGUUCAUCGUUAAUAAAGUGCGUAAAAAAUCUUGCAAGAUUUCUGUGCUAAGAAGAAGGCGCAUAACAUAUUUGUUCUUGUUCAUGUGAACCUGUCUUGCCGACGGUUGGUGUCUGCUUCUUCUAUGGCGAUUACUUGAACGGGAAAUGAAAUCGUAACAUUUUAUUAAUGGGACGUUGACGAGUCGCAUGUUGAAAAGAACCUGCGAAAGCAAUAACAGAUUUGACGUCGUCUGUAUUUCGAUUUGACGAAAAGUCGUCACUGCGCAAGCUUUGCCUAAACUUCUCGAACCACACAGCUCGCUUAGCCGUGUCUCUUGUUAAAGUUUCCGCCAUUGGAGAUGCCCUUUGAUUCCGCCUUUCCAUACAGUUGACGUGCAACAAGAAAUAUCCCUGUAACGCAGUGCAUUACAUGUUCCUAUAGUAAUGACGUGAACACGUGUGGGACGGUGGAGCUGGUGACGUCAAAGAACGCACUUCAUUACCAACGUACAAUCACUACGAGUGCUUCAUCCUCUUCCGAGUCUAAAAAAUAAAAAAAAAAUAUAUAACUGCCGUGGCCUUGUAAAGACUUGUCACUUGCCGUGUGAAAAAUGAAUGCGUUGUAUUAUGCUACUUGCUGUUUCGACAACUGCUCAAAACUGAUUAGACCCUCUUGUUGCGCAUGUAUACUGCGUCUUUCGGAACGCAGUAUUAACUGCAGAUUAUUACUGUGCGCCGAACUCCGUACCAAACCUCGAGAUGCUCGUUCUUUGAUGGAAGAGAUGACAGACCAGCCGGGUCCACCGUUUCACGCAUACGCACAACGUAACCGUAAUAUUCCCCCACCCAAAUAUCACCAACUUCCCGGUUACAUUGGCAGUACAUGUUGUAUCACUGUAUCUCACUGUUAAUCGUCGUGGCUUUCCCUGGACGACUGAACUUGUAACCCGUUCCGGUUCAUUAGGUUCCUUACCUAUUCUCUACACUGUGCAAGGACUGAAUUAUAUUAAAGAGAGAUAGAAAACAAGAUAAAGAGGUACAUGGCAGACUUUCCUUACGUAUACGCCCCUCUUGUAUACUUAUUACAGGUAUUUAAAUUAAGAAACUCGCCAGCUUUGUUCUAUAGCUUCGUUACCGCACCCCCCCCCCCCCCAUCCUCCCCCCACUUUUUUUUCCUUGCAAAGCUUUCCUUGACUUUCAUUACAUCGCGACGUUUGCCCUUUCACGCCAUCAUUGGCGACGUGCUCUGUUCUGUCGUGUUCGCGACAGUGUCGAAUGUGGAAUCAUAAGCAAAAAUAAAUGUUCCGUGUCACACAAACCCUACCAAA